UUCUAGUCCUGCAUUUCAAUCUUUCACAGUUUCCCAUUCAAAUAUAGUUCAGCUGUCCGAACGAUUGCAUAAUAUGUUCUUUUUUCAAAGAUGUUCCCGUCCUCCGCCUGUCUUCACUCAUUCCUGCUCGCGGAAUGAACAUCUGGUCCAGGACUUCGCAUGCCUGAAUAUUCCCAGCAGAGCAGAAUACUGCGUUGUAGGAUGGUCUCCAAGUCGCAAUGGAAUACGCCCGCCCUGUCUCUUCCGCUAUUGCAACAUAAUAUAACCCAGGACAUGUUUUCGAUACGAAGUCAUCGAACUAUUUCUCCCGCAGCGGUUUACUCUCUACUUACAGGGCAAUAAUUUUUCCUAGAAAAAAUGAGGAAAACGAACGUCUGUAUGAAGCGACCCUUCCUUAUCUUCAACAUCAUUCUCGGGAUUAUUGGAGGCCUAAUACUUGCACUAGCAAUCUUUGGACAUGGUGCAUACCAUGCAAUUGAAGAGGGUGACAACAUGGUGCCGGGAUUGGUCUUCUUCUACAUCCUCGGGAUCGUUGUGGUGGUGGUCUCCGUGCUCGGGGCUUAUGGGUCGCGGAAAGAGAAGAAGUGGGCCCUGAUCCUGUGCUGUAUCGGGGCAUCACUGCUGUGCAUUACCAUGAUGGUGAUAGCAGGGAAAGUGGCAGCUUCAAAAUCGCAGGUUCAGGAAGCUAUGAAGGCUCAUUUUGAAGACAAGAAACCUUUGGACAAGGCCGAUGAGCACACCCAAAAUUCUCUGGACGCUUUACAGAAGGAGUUCGAAUGCUGUGGAAUGGACAAGGGUUACCAAGAUUGGGGAGAACAUAUCCCACCCUCAUGUCACUGUCCCGAAUAUUACAAGAACACCUCCAAAUGUAUUGAAGUACCUAAAACUGCCAAUGUGUCUGAAGAAGUGGUUUAUUCUGAGCCCUGCCUUCCUCUUGUAGUAAAAUACGUGGAAAAAGCAAUCAACGGCAUGUUGGGAAUACUGUUCGGAUUCGCUUUCUUUGUGAUGAUUGGGGUGGUUAUGGCGGUGGUGCUGCUUUGUCAAAUGAGAAGACAGCAGAAGCCAACACCGAUGACCUUCAGCGUGCACUCCAGUGAGCCGGAUUAUAAGGAGCUUCCUGAACCAACCGAAAACAUUUGAAAUGUUUGGAUCUAUUAACUGGGACUGCAAGAGCCCAUUGACUUUUUUAAAAAAAUAUUUGAUAUUUCCUGCAAUUUUAUGGAUAUUACUUUAUGGUCUAAAUGUAUGUUCACUGUAAUAUGGUACAUUUUCGUUGUAUUGUUGGAUUGUGAUUUUUUUUUUUUUUAAAGGUACAAACCUUAAAGACAUGCCAUGCAAGAUUUUAACCUUAAAAAUAUUAAAAUCACCAUGCUAAGGCAUAUCUAUGAUGCACUGGCCAUCUCUGUGUUUGUGCACGUGGUGGUUACCCGUAUUUGUUAUUCUAAAAUGUGUCUGGGAGGUCAGCGCUCCUUUCUGUGUGGGGAGGGCUGGCCGUGGCUACAGAGCCUGUGGUUUGGGAUCAGAUAUCAAGAGAGUGUUUUUUUGCUGGCCAUAGACAUUAACAUUUAACUAAACAGGCAAGCACGCCAUCUGCUGACCUAAACUAGUGAAGUCCCGACAAUUAGCCAGUACUGCACAUGCCGAGGGAAAAAAAACAUUGGAGCGCCCGUUAAAAUGAAGGGGGAAUAUCCCACAAUUGAAGCCAAAAUAAAACGUCCCCGGUGGUAUUCUGAAACUAAAUUAACGAUGCGUGGCAUCCUUUCGCUGUUGGCGUGAGUGUGUGUCUGAGUGUAUGUGUGAAUGGGUGAAUGAGAGGCAUCAAUUAUAAAGCACUUUGGAUAUAUAUAUAUAUAUAUAUAUAUAUAUAUAUAUAUAUAUAUAUAUUAUAUAUAGAUAAGAAAGCGCUAUGUAAAUACAGUCCAUUUACCAUGAUUGUAAACACAGGACCACAGCAAGGCUAAAAAAAAUCCUGCAUGGUAUGCCUUUAAACUCUGUGUGUUUGAAUUGGCUGGUUAUUAAUGACAUGGGAUAAAUAGCAGCCAUGUGAAUGUAAUUUUUAAUGUAAUUUGUAGAAAUAUGGAAAGCAGCGGUAUCAUGAAGACACUUCUAUAUAAAACUGUUUGUCAAAUUUUGAUGCAUACUAACGGUUUUCAUUGCAUUGCAAGUUAGCUGGCAUUGGUAUCUCAGAAACCACUCAGUGCUAACUAUGUACAUAAAGUAUGUACUGUGUGCUAACCAGGCACAAUUAAAACACUCAGUACUAUUUAGUAUUUGAGUAUGAAGCAUGCUGUAAAUAUAUGCUACUUUCUGCUCAUUCAUCAAGCAGAAAUCACAACUCACACAAUCCACCCUUAACAAUAACAUUUCUCCUGAGAAAUUAAAAAGUAGUUCACUGUUAGCUUAACUUUUUAUUAACUACUUAACUAUUAUCAUUAGGUCCUGCAAUAAGUUACAUGAAUUUUAUCGAGUUACUUUAUUAAAUUAAAAUUGCUAUCUGCAAACUACAUUGACAGUACAAUAACAAGGAUUUGUUUGCAAAAAGUGGCUAACUCAUGAGCAUUUGGGAAACUUUUGUUUGUUUGCUAACUCACCAACACCUACCACUAUAGUAUUAUUUUUUUAAUACCAAUUAUGUUUUCCUACCUUUUGUUCUGUGCAGGUGCUGCACAUGUACAGGUUCUUUUUUAGUAAGUUCCUGUUUUAUUUUGCUGCUUUCACAAUAAAAUAACUGUUCUUAAGUUUCUAUGGCAUUAAAUAAAAAUGUUUUUCAACCAGA